CACCAGACAAUUGAUCACCAGACAGUUGCUCACCAGACUCUUGAUCACCGGACAGUUGAUCACCAGACAAUUGAUCACCAGACCCUUGAUCACAGGACAACUGAUCACCAGACAGUUCAUCACCGGACAGUUGAUCACCAGACAAUUGAUCACCAGACAAUUGAUCACCGGACAGUUGAUCACCAGACAAUUGAUCACCAG